AUGCCCUACGCCCAGCGGCGGGCGUCCUUCGACGAGGCACAAGCGCGGCACUGGAUGACCCAGUGGCCGGCGUACGCCGCGUUCGAGACGGGCUCGCGCGCCGUCGCCCUGCCUGACAUCCGCGUCAGCGACGACGCCUGCAUCGUCAGCAGCGACCGCAUGGCACGUGCGCUGCGCCUCGAGGUCGGCGACGCCAUUGCCUCGCCCUGCUCGCCGACCAGCGGCAUGGACUCGUCUUCGUCGGCGACCACGUCCUCCGCCACGCUCGACCACCUGCGGCCGUUCGCACGCACCAGCCCGCAGAUGCUGCCGCGCACGCCGGGCUCGCCGUACAGUCCGCUCAGCGAGGGCUUCGACGGCGACAGCCUCUCGCCGCCGUCGGCCUUCGACGCGCGCCGCAGCGACACGCCGGCGCUCGACUUCCUGCUGCUCUCGCCCGGCAGCGGCGUCAUGUGGACGCUCGACUCGCCCGACGACGUCAUGCCGUGCUACUGGGACGGCAGCCGCGGCACGGACUCGCUCGAUGAGAACGUCAUCGCCUUCUCGCCGCGCCGCUCGGCCAUGGACGGCGCCCUCAAGAGCGCCCGGCCGGCGCCGGCGCUACCGCGCUCCUCGUCGCCAAGCAGCAACGCCCGGCCGAAGCCGUCCGAGCUGCUCCGGCGCCGUCGUGGCGCCGUCGCCGGCCAGCUCGUGCUCUCCUCUCUCACUGCACCGGCCUCUCCGCUGAUCCUCGUACUUCUGUCGCAGUGA